CCUACGCGAAGCAGUGAGAAAAAUCUAGCGAGGUCAAAAUUGCGUGAUUUUUUGGUCAAUAAUUAAUAUCUGACCACAAAAGAAGCACGAAAAUGUGGCCCAUUAGGGGCAGAAACAAUUGACAACGGUUUUGUUUCACUAGUGCCCUGUUUUGGAAGAUAUAUUGAAAAAAGAAAAAGUGUUCUUCGGGCUACUGACAAGCGAUUUUCUGCCUGCCGUGAACGAGAAAAAAUCAAAAUGGUUGUAUCGAAGGAUGGUAAGCGGCGAAGGAAAGUUGGUUCCGCCGUGACUGUCGGUGCCAAUAGUUCGAACAGUACCAACAAUAACAACACCGCUCACGGUGCUACGUCCGCUGGAAGUACGACCCGUGGGACCGGAAGUGUCACGGCAUCUGCUUCCAGCUUGACCCCUGCUAGGGAAAGCCCGGAGAGGGAUCUAUCGCCGCCGGAAAUUCCCAAAAGACCGAAAGUGCAAGCCCAACGAAAGUUUGCCCAAGGGCAGGGAUCUGCAUCGUCCUCAGCAUAUUUGACGUUUACUACCAAUCCACCAAAUCCGUCGAAAGACGCACAGAACCGAUCACAGAAUGCAACCGAUACCGAUCCUAUACCGGAGCUGCUGCCUAACAUGCGUCCGAAUACGGAGGAUUUCCUCACAUUCCUUUGCUUCCGCGGGACGCCAGUGCUGCCCCCAAGCUUAGAUUUUUUCAAUACAACCGCACAACAGCAAACUUCCACAGCAGCAUCGGGAAGCAGACAAUUACCAUCGUCGUCGACUACAACAACAACGACUACUGCAACUACUAAUACUACAAGCAGUGGUGGCACCAGUGGGACACCUCAAACAGUUGCGGGUCCAUCGAAAAAUGUGGAACAGUUUCAAACGCCGAAAAAGGCUGCUGAUGCGAUUCCAGAUGUGACCAAGGUGGACGAAAAGGAAGUGAAAAAGCCUGAUGUUGUUCCGGAAAAGCCCGCUUUUAUGCCCUUUGCAGUUAGGAAACGGGCCGAACAACAUCCGGAUAAUCGUAGGGUUCAAACUGUGCAGGCUCUCAGAAAGAAGUACCACGAACAAAGAAUGGCUAAACUGAGAGUUACUGCUUACAGUAAACAAACGAGGGGAAGUAGUGUUAAAGGUCGUUCCGAAAUUGAACAAAACGAGAUAGACGAUGAGGUUAAAAUGGAAGCAAAAAGUGACUCCAAGAAAGUCGAUGGAAAAAAGGAAAAAUUAUUGCCGGCUAAGAAGAAACUUAUCGAGAAGAAAAGUGCAAAGAAAAUAGUCAAAACUACGAAAAAAGAGGAAUUACAGGAAUUAAUGGAUAUUAAAGUAGUUCUGAAUAAAGAUGAUGUUGAAAUGAAAAAUUCUGAAACAGACCAAAACAAAACUGUCAAGGAAGAAUCCCCUGAUAAAAAUAAUCAGGAACAUACUCCCAAAGGCAAAGCAAAAGGCAUUAAAAAGAAACCAGUCGAAAAUGUGGAUAACGAAAAACGAACGACUAGACUUUCUGCGUUGAGAAGUCCUCCACAGCGCCCAGUAUCGCCUGUAAAAUCUCCAACGCCUCCGCCCCCUACUCCUCCCACCAAACAAAAAGAAGAACAUAAUCCAGCUGAACGGGACUUCUCAUCUGACGACGAUGAACCAUUGAUGAAGCGAACAGUGGGUAAAAAGAAACAAAAUGCUAGAGUGGCAAAUACUAGAAAAGGUCGCAAAUCAGAUCCGCUACCGGAAAAGGUAGUUGAAGAGGUUCCCGAGAAAAAGACCCGGCGAUCAGAAUCGAUCAGUCGAAGAUCGGAUGUUAGCUCCAAAAAAUCAGAGGCUCCUCCAAUCGUAGAAACGCCUCUGGUUCAGAAGAAAACUCCCCGGGGUAGACAGAAGAAAGAUACGCCUAAGUUGCUUCCGCCACUUCCUGUUCCACCCAAGGAAAGUACUCCGGUGCCGGUAGUAGAAGCAACUUCGAAGAUAGAACCUAAACCGAGUUCUGAUAAAAACUUGGAAAAUAAACCAUCACCAAAAGUAACUCCGAAAAAGGGCGGUGCAAGAAAAAAGAAGGUUGAAUCAAGUCCGAUUCCGGAUCCACCGGAAGUGGAGGAGAAGAAAUCGAAGAAGACACCGGAGCCUCCGACUGAGACCAGCUCUCGGCCUAGUCGCAAAACGAAAGAGGCAGCCACAUUGUACAUGGAAUUGAUUGGUCGUCGUUUGAACCACGAUGAUAAAUCUGACGAUGAUGCUUCAUCGUUGGACAGUUUAGAACUGCCGAAUGUGAGAAAGCUUGAACAAAUGGAAAACGAGCUGAAGGCUAAUGUUACGAAGAAGGAAGCAAAGGUUCCAUCAUCGAAGAAAGGUAGGAAAAAGAAAGAUACAGACGAUACUGUCGAAUCGAAAUUGGAAGAAACGAAAAAUCCGAUUAAAGAUAUCAAGUCUUCGGAAGAAGAGGAAUCGAAGCCUUUAGAGAAAAGCUUCAGUGAUUCGGACGAGGAACCGUUAGCUACCAAAUUUCAGCGGAAGAAACAUCAAAUUCGGCAGAAACUGAAAGAAAAGGGUAGAAAAUCUACAACAAAGAAAGUGACAACAGUGAAAUCAUCUCCUCCAGCACAGGAAACAGUGAUUGAAACUGACAAACCGGACGACAAGCUGGCAGAAUCCGUUAAACCUAGCGUGGCGUCUGCAGCGACCAUCGAGAGGCUUCCAUCUCCUGCUAUUAAGUCUUCAACGCCAGUGAAAACACCCCCGAAAUUGUCGACUCCUCCCAAAACUUCAAGCCCCAAAGUGUCUACACCGCAAAUGUUAAGUCUUCCGCCACAGCUCAUCAGUCCUGAAGUGAUCCGAUCGCCUGCAACAGAUGAACUGAAUUCAACUAGAGUCAACAAGUCACAUGAUAAUACAUUCCAAUCGACGGCCGCAGAAAUAAGUUUAUCACCCACCAAACAAUCCGUUUCUGUAUCACAACAGCAACCAUUCAUCCGCACAAUCAAGUCUCUUCCCAACACAUCACAAGAAACCUCGAACGACAAAACAUCACCUGCCGCUGUCCAGCAGCCGGAAAUGCCUUUCAACCGAAACGUCAAGAACGAUUUCAAUAUGGACGAAUCCGAUUUUCUGAAGGGUUUCGAGCAAACGUCCCCGACAUCGCCGGUUGCUCCGAAAUCGAAUUCUCUGCUAGGGAAUCUUUUGCCCAGUAAAGAAGAGUCGGAAAAAAUCUUCGGAAUUGCGAGUGUUAGCUUGGCACAAAGUUCUGGUCCUUUGGAUACCAAGUGUACACUUGGAAAGUGUGGUUCCGUGCACAAACCUCCACUGGGACCACCGGUGUUAACGGAAUCGUUGCUGGGCGGGCAUCUUUCGCCACGAGACAGACGAAAAACGAAGGUGAACAUGACACACGAGCAGAUUCAAAAGUGGAUUGAUGAAACUUUGUGGUCCCCGGUUCCCGAUGAUCUCGAGGCCGAUUUGAAAAUUUUGGAUACUCCCAAAACGCCAACCCCCACUCCCCCCGCUGUGGCAUGGGAAAAGCUGAUUGAAAAUAAACCAGAACCUGUGAUUGAACAACCCGUUGUUCCACCUGUGAUACAGCCGAAAAAGGAGGAAGAAAUCAAACCUUUAACACCACAGCCUAGCGGAAGCAAUGCUCGUGGACCAACACUGAAAGCAAAACCUGUCACAGUGAAGCCGGACAAGGAUGUGGAGCCGCCAGAGGAACCGACAAAGACCCCGGAAAAGAAAUCCCCCAAAGAUGAAGUCAAAGAAGAUCCUAAGCCGAAAGCCGCUGCCAAAAUACGAACGCCUUCACCGGUGAAAAAAGAAGUGAAGAAAGAAACGAGAAAAUCGAGAACGGAAAACACGGUCACUACAACGGCUGUAGCAACGAUCACCACAGCAACAUCUACUACCGCCACAACGCCAGUUACUUCGGCGACCGAUCGUAAGCCAAUUUAUAAGCAAGGUAGAACUCCUGUCUACAAACAAGAGGCCCUCAAAGCUCAAAAGACUUCAAUCGGUUCCGCAGCAUCCAACAAAUUCGGAGCAUUCUCACCCGAAAACGAACCCAGCGUUUAUUCGUUCGACAAUGAAGACAGUUUUGUGCCCCUAGCAACUCCUUUUCGCCGACAUAGCCGACGGGAAUCGUGCAAUUCUUCCGUAAGAGAUGAACCGCAAACAGCGGCAGCGGCUAGCACUAAUAAGAAACAGGAGGCAGUGCCUGAUGAAAAAGCUGGAUCAAGUACUACAUUCCAAAAACCCGUCAAUUUAAACACACCGGCGAAGGCCGGAGUUCAGCCUGCGAUAAGUUUAACUUUGAGUCCAGAAGAAAGUGCGAAAUCGACGGCCAUUGCAGUGCCGGGUGGUGAACAGAAAAGUAACGACGCUGACGGAUUGAAAAAAGAUGAUGAAAACAAACAGAACACAGAGGAUUCCGAAGACGAAGGUCAUACGUUCUACAUUCCACUGCAAGGUCCCAACACGGUCGGUAGUGGCAAAACCGAUCAACUGAUUCAAGGUGUAGCGGUGAAACUGGGAACCGAAGGUCCGGAAGGUCCAAAUCAGAGGGUAAUUAUGCAUGCCAAAUUGGUAACGAAAGCCCAAAUGGGUUCCAACACAACCCCCAUUCCGGAAUCGAUGAACGUACAGGAACUGGUUAAAAGCCUAAUGGCCGCUGGACCAAGCAUGAGUAAGGAUGGAAUUUCCAAAAUGGUACCCGUGGGAACCGUUCAGCCACGGUUCAAAUCAAGUGAUUCGGUUUCUACAAUUGACAAAUCACCCGCUGCACCACCACCGGUGGUUACACCGGCGACUACUCCUGCUCCCGAAGAUACUCGAGUCAGUCUACCGCGAAUGAAUUCCAAUUCAUCGCUUAGUUCAUCGCAGCGAUCUAAACCAAACAAAGCCAAGGCUAAACUGGAUACUCAAGUACAGCCAGAUAACAACACGGCCUUUCCCCGUCGGGAUGACCCGGCUCAGAUGGUGGAGGCACCGGUUUUCAAACCGACCGACAAGGAAUUUCACGAUCCAAUCGAAUACAUUGAACGGAUUGCUCCGGUAGCGGCGCGCUUUGGAAUCUGUCGGAUCAUUCCGCCAGCCAGCUUUAAACCGGAAUGUCGCAUUACCGACGAUAUGCGAUUCAUGGCCUACAAUCAGUAUGUUCACAAGAUGCUGCACCGAUGGGGACCCAGUGCUAAGGAAUAUGCGGCUAUAAAGAAAUAUUUAGCCACGCAAAGUAUCAAUCUGCAAAAUCCACCGUUGAUCGGUGGGAUGGAAGUAGAUCUACCAAGACUGUAUCAUACUGUUCAGGAGCUCGGUGGUUUAAAGGAAGUUAUUGAAAAGAAAAAAUGGGCCCGGGUGGCAGAAGAUAUGUGCAUUCCGAAGGCAGCACAUGACCGCGUGUCGAAACUGGACGAUAUCUACUGUAAAUAUUUGCUUCCAUAUGACACUUUGUCCCCUGCCGAAAGACAAAAGCUGUUCGAUGAAGUGGAAGCUGACUGGGCUAAACGGGAGGCAAAAGCUCGGCGCAAUGCGGACAAAUGUGUUAGUUCGGAGACACGCAAUAGCGAAGAUUCGGAUGACGAUGAAGAAGAAUCAAACGAAGAAGAGGAAGAUGAUGAAUUUUCAAUGGAAUGCAUCAUGAAGGGAAGGAAUAUGCCCUUGAAUCAGUUCUUCCGAAUCGCCCGGAACACCAUGUCAUUGUGGUUUAAAAAUACUGAACCCACGGUGGCAGAAAUCGAGAGCGAAUAUUGGCGACACGUUGCCGUUCGGGAUAGUCAUGUGUGCGUUCAUUCCGGUUCUAUAGAUUCCAGUGCAUACGGAUUUGGUUUUCCUGCGCCGAGAGUCAAAGGAUCAUCGUGCGCGAAGCAUCCCUGGAAUUUGAAGGUACUCACAAACAACAGUAGUUCCAUUCUUCGUUCGCUUGGUCCCGUCAUGGGAAUUACUAUUCCAACGCUUCAUGUCGGGAUGCUCUUCAGUGCCUGCUGCUGGUAUCGCGAUCCUCAUGGUUUACCUUGGAUCGAAUAUCUUCAUACCGGUGCCAGUAAAAUCUGGUAUGGAGUACCGGACGAUCAAAAUUCCAAUUUCCGGACCGCACUGACGGCACUGGUUCCCACGCACUGCCAGAAUAAAACUAUUUGGCUUCCAUGCGACACCGCGAUGGUACCGCCACAUAUGCUAACCGAUCGGAAUGUUUCCUUGUGUCGUACGGAACAGCAACCCGGUCAGUUUGUGGUGGUAUUUCCAAGGGCUUACACAUCCAGUUUAUGCUCCGGGUACGCAGUGUCCGAGAGUGUGUAUUUUGCGUCCAGCUCAUGGCUCGAUACGGCUAAGGAAGAUUUUCGGGAUAUACAGGAAAGCUGUGAACCUACCAUGUUUUCUGUGGAGCAGCUAGUGUUUUCCAUAGCGAAUGAUCAACGCAGCAGUCACGACACCCUGAAACAAGUGUUACCAAUGAUUCGCGACAUCUACGAAAAAGAGAAAUUGCAGCGACAAACAUUAAAAGAUCACGGUGUCAACAAAUCGGAGAAAAUUGAAUCGAAGAAGAAGACUGCAUCGUUGGAGGAAUUUGAGUGUGACAUAUGUCGAGCGAACCUAUAUCUGUCGCUGAUUCGUGUAAAGAUAGUCAGCGAAGACGAAGCGUUGGAGGACGAAGAUCGUAUCUACUGUUUGAAGCAUGCGAUCAAGUUCCUGUCAGACAGCAGACUGCCAGCAAAAUUCUGCAACCUAGCAUACACGUACUCGUUGGAUGAUGUCGAGGAACUGCUACGAAAAUUGCAGGAUCGAAUAGCCAACAAAAAGACUUCGAAAGGUGGUACCGGAGCCGGUGGCAGUGCAGGUGGGGCUGGCGGCGGCCGAGGUAAAUCUUCGCUUCAUCUGGCAUCCACGUCAUCGCAGUCUUCUUCGUCAUAUCAAGCGCCUAGUCACAGCAAAUAUGCCGGAAUGGCAACAAUGCUGAAAUAAGUGUUUAAGACAGUUGUGUGUUAGUUUAAAUUGUAUAUUUUAUGUUCCAACCAACUACCGAUUUCGAUCGGAUGAACCAUCGUGUGCAGUUUUUUACAAGGUAAGAUAAUUUAAACUUAUAUAUCAAUAUGUUUUGCCUCGAGCCCCGAAAAGGUAGCAUUAUACCUUUGCAAAAAAUUUUAUAUCAUUUUAAGAAAAGAGAAAUUGUAGAUAAAAGUAAAACAAUAAGAAAUGAUUAUACACCUAUAUUACCUACGAAAAUGCGUCGUUGGUUUCCCUUUCCCGAAGAGAAAAUGCUCUUGGCAGGAAAAUAGUGCCACAAAACACAACACCUUCACGUAUAUUGAUGUGGUAGUGCUGCGUGGAGAACAGAAUAUCGAUUUAGUGAUACCCUACAAUUCCGCUAUAUUUCGCAAGCUGUGUGUUACUGCAACUAUACAGUAUUAUAAUAAGAAUCACAGAUUAGUAAACAAAACAGAAAAUUUUCCCAAGGCGCUAACAUGAACCGAUCAAUAAUGACCGCUCAUUUAUAGGAAGAAAUGAAACGAGAGUCUUAACUUCAUUAGUAGUCAAACUACGCACAUUAAUGAAGUACGCAUGCUGGUGGCCCUGAAAUAUGUUAUAAUCAACCAAAUAGAAAUCUGAAUACACUCCUCUUAGGCACUUUAGUUAUUAGCAAGCAUACACUCAGUGUUACUGGAUCCUUAAAUGUUUUGUAACUAUCUAAUUUUGCAUAUAUUAUUUACAGAAGUAUACACAUUUUGUAGCACUAACGCAUAAGUGAUAGUAAGAACCGUGUACAUAUAGGUGUGUUAGAAGUUACGGUAAAAGAAAACUCUUUGAUCUAUUGGUCAAAAUGAAAAUCAUGUCAUUGUGAAUUGUAAAAGCAAAAAUGCGAAACAAUUUGUUUCUAUAAAAUUCUAACGAAUUUGUGAGAAAUUUAUUUUUUUCUAUAUAAUUUCGAUAACUUUAAAACUAUGUGAAUUUGAUUUACAAGGAAGGGUUUAGCGAAUAUACGUAGAAAAUAUCAUUCGAGAUUUGAACGUAGGAAUAUUUCUAAACGCUCCAUCAUAUAAAAAGUUGAAAAAGAAAAUGAUCACUUCUGGUAAAUUCCGUUUAACUUUCACUUGUUCUAGUGACCGCUGGCCUGUAGCGGACAGUGGGACAGUUGAAUCAGUCAUGUAAAUAUCCAGAAGUGCUUUCGAAAAAUAAUGGAAUCGGAAGUGCGGUGUUUAGUAAGUUUUAACACUUUAUAAAUGACGGAACGGUAAUCCGUCAAAGUCAGUAGUUAUUCAGUCAUUUGAGUCACAUGAAAAUGGACAAAUACACCGUUUCAAUCAUCAACUUAUGAACAUGGACCUUGAUCUCGACCGGAUCCACUAAAUUUAUCAAUGGAGGAGGGACAUUAUUUCAUGCAUAUUUUCACACUGGUUACAGUGGAGCAUUAUAACGUUAUGAUGGCAGUUGUGAUACGAUUCAAAUAGAAACAAAUAAAACGCGCAUUCAUCCAACCUUGCACUGACAUUGAUUUUCAUUUCGCUCAUAAAACAGGGGUUCUUGAACGUUAAGUUUUUGCAAUAAAAUGUGCAAUCCGUGCAAAAUCUGCAAGGAGUAGCAAGGCAGGCGCAAUGCACAACAGCCCGGAACGGUAGGUUCUAUUGUCGUGAAGCGUAAAAUUGGUGAGAUUUAGUAAUUACUUUGGGUGAAAUCGAAACGUAAAAAGAGUUGCAUUUACCGAAUGGGAUCGAAAAUAAGUGAGACUAUAAACGAGCGAAAAAAAUAUAGAAUUUCACAAUAAUAUAUCACCCUAUUCGUAAACUAUGAAAACACAUAAAUUGGAAUCACUUCUCGCAGAUUAUAUAUUGAGAUGGUAAUAUAUCGACAGAUUUAAAAUACUAGAAUGUAUAAUUGAACGUUUCUGAUAGAGGAAAUUGAUCAGUACAUAAGAUUGAUUGAACUAUUGUA